AUGGCUCUCAAGCGGGAGCGUUCAGACUCCCCGACCCUUCCUUCGGACAUUUACCGUUCAUCGUCCGUUAAAGAGAAAGAUUCCGUCUUCGUUGCCGCCUUCUCCCCAACUCUUUCCGUAAAAGCACUACAAAGUCUGCCAGAAUUCAAAACAGCACAUCACCGUAUCGCAGCAUGGAGAAAGGAGUCGAGACAGAGAACUCUGAUGCCAAGAACGGAGAAGAUUUAUGAUUUGGGCCAUCACGACGAUGGGGAGAAGUGGGCUGGCAGCAGACUGCAGCACGUGCUUGGCGACACCCAAGCCGAGGGUGUGGUGGUAGUCGCGAGAUGGUUCGGAGGGGAACUACUCGGCCCGCUGAGAUUUACACUGAUCGAAAAUUGCGCGAAAGAAGCAAUCUGGAACUGGAAGGAAGCGGAUCAAGCUGCGCAAAAAGAGACAGCAGCCAAGAAGCGGAAAUUAGAAGAAGAGAAGGCCCGGAAAGGGUUGGAAGAGAAUCUAAGAGAGAGGGAUCUAAAUAUCUUCGUGCUCAGGAAACUGCUCGCAGAUAAGAACGCGAAGCUGAACGACUCUGAGCCCGCUCCUCCAACGCCUCAGAAGCCGGUCGACUACGGCAAGAUGUCCAUGGAAGCAUUGCAGAGGGUGGACAAGGCACGUGAUGCGACUAUUACUUUCAUCUUGAAGGAGAUCGACAAGGUGGAUGAGCAGUUGAAACUCGUUGAAGCAUUCGACGACUCUACCCAAGAUUCCUGGAAGGACGCAGAAGAGCACCAAAGACCUACAGACAGAGAAUCAGAACCCACGAAGGAGGAUAGUUGA